UCUCAUUGCUUGUCUACUCGUUCUGCCUAACUUCCACAAAAGCUGAAAAAACAUAAUCAUUUCUUGCGUCGAGGACGUCCUGAUGUUACCUCAAGUUUCUAGCUUUUGAGCUUUUUUGCUUUACUGGGUUUCCUUCCAAAAUUCAUUUCAUUUUUUGGGUUUGGUUUUACUAGCUGCAUUAGUUCUUCUAAAAAAUUAGUUUAGUUUGUGCAGAGAUUAGACCAUGACAUUGGGUUUUUAGGUUACUUUCAGUUUCUUAAGUUUUGGUUCUCAAGUGUUUGUGAAGUACUUUGUUUUGGAAUUUUCUUGUCUUUCGUUUUGAGUUGGAAUGGAAGGCAGUGGUCUAGGGAGUAGUUUGUUUCCAGAAUUGAGGCCUGGAAUGUUAGGCCUAGAAAUGCCUUUGCACCAAACACAAAACCCUCAAAAUCCUCAGAACCCACACCACCAGAUGCACCAACCAACCCAAAUGGUCUAUUCUCACCAUGAAGCUGAUCACAAUCACCACCCACAAGCUGAUCCAUCUGUCAAACAUGGGUACUCAUAUGCCGCAAAGGCGAAACCAAUCAUUCUGAGUGAUGAAGAUGAACCUGGGUUUGGCGCUGACGACAGUACUGGAGAUAACAGGAGGAAAAUCUCACCAUGGCAGAGAAUGAAGUGGACUGACACCAUGGUCAGGCUUCUAAUCAUGGCUGUGUUUUACAUUGGGGAUGAGGGUGGCUCUGAAGGCCCUGAUCCAACAGGGAAGAAGAAGAAUGGAGGAGGAGGAUUACUGCAGAAGAAAGGGAAAUGGAAAUCGGUGUCGAGGGCUAUGAUGGAGAAGGGCUUCUAUGUGUCUCCACAGCAAUGUGAGGACAAGUUCAAUGACUUGAACAAGAGGUACAAGAGGGUGAAUGAUAUACUUGGCAAGGGAACUGCCUGCAAGGUCGUGGAAAAUCAAGGGUUGUUGGAGAAAAUGGAGUUGUCGUCGAAAAAGAAGGAGGAAGUGAAGAAGCUGCUGAAUUCUAAGCAUUUGUUCUUCAGGGAAAUGUGUGCUUAUCAUAACAGUUGCGGCCACGGCACUGUUGGUGCUGCUGGAACUAGCAAUGCGCAUAAUCCAUCCCUGGAAAUGGUGACAGACCCAUCGGAGGUUCCAUUGCAGCAGAGGUGCUUUCAUGUAUCGGAAAAUGCUCAUGUGGUUGCCAAUUCGGGCAGGACAGAGACUGAGGGGUCGAAAAUGUUAAAAGCAGAGAGCGGUGAUGAGGAUGAGGACUACGAGGAUGAUGAGUCAGAGGACGACGAUGAGGAGGAGGGGGUUGUGGAAGGCGGCCCGAGGGGGGGUCAAAUUGGGCAUGGACAUGAAGAUGGGGACGAGAAUGAUCAUGAAAGGGCCAAGAGGCCAAGAAAAGGAAGCUGCUUCUCAGGGUCCUCGAUGAGAAUGUUGAUGCAGCAAUUGACUGAUGAAGUAACCAGUGUGAUCCAAGAUGUGUCCAAGAGUCCAUGGGAGAAGAAGCAGUGGAUGAAAGCAAAAAUGAUACAAUUGGAGGAGCAACAAGUGAGCUACCAAUACCAAUCAUUCGAGCUCGAAAAGCAAAGGCUUAAAUGGGUGAAGUAUAGUAGCAAAAAGGAAAGGGACAUGGAAAGAGCUAAGCUGGAGAAUGAGGGAAGAAGGCUUGAGAACGAGAGAAUGAUAUUGGUUGUUCGACAGAAGGAGCUAGAAUUGCUUGAUAUCCAUCACCAACAACAGCAACAAAAUUCUUCAAACAAGAGAAGCGACCCUUCAUCCCUCACUGGAUAAUGUGUAUAUAAAGUUGCCUAGAUCAGAUAGAGAUGAGAAUGAAUGCUUCGACAUUUUUUUUAUUUAUUCAAUUUUAUUAUGCAUGUAUCUCUGCAUCUUUCAAAGUAAAAGCAAAGAAAUAAGUUGUAGUA